ACCGGGACGUACAUACUGAUGGAGGAUCGCGGACGGCUACGCUUGACAUGCGGCGGGAAUAGGCGAAUACGUUUCAGCACCACGGAGAGUGGUCGGGGAUGCAGUUAUUCUCUGUAACGCCUCCCUCCCUCCUACUUCCUUCUGUCUCAGCGCUUUUCUCCCACCCUCCUCCUCCUCUCCUGCACUCUACGGAUUCAUUUCAAUCAGGUGGCUGUUGCUCUUCAAGAUUAGUGAAAACCUAGCAGGAAAAUACUCGCAAAGCCUUCCCCCCCUCCCUCUCCCCAUAUACACAAAGGGAGAAGGGAAGCAGCCAACGUGCUCUGAAUGAUGUGUUGACUCUUUCUGAGUCCUCUCACUCUCUCCCUCUCUCUCUCUCCCUCAAUCUCUCCCCCCUUCCUAUGGACUGUUGGCAUGCAGCCUCCACAGCCAAUUGAUCGGACACCUCAGGCUGAAGAGUGAUUGGAAAGCUGUUCGCCCCAGUGGUUUGUCUCUUAUUAAAUGCUAGUGGCUACUAUAUAAGAUCUCUGUUGGAUGGUUGACUUUUCUUCUUUCUGGUUGAAGCUUUAUGGGCCCUGUUGGCUUGUUUUUUUUUUGUGUGUGUGUUUUUUAUUUUUCCACAUUUUUUUCUCUUCUUCUAUUGCCCACCCCCUGUGCCAAUUGAUCUCUAAUAAAACGGGUUAAAAGACAGUUUGCCAGGCUGACUUUUUUUCUUGUGAAGCUGAAAGGAUUGACUGGAUGGCUUCGCUGUACCAGAGGUUCACUGGCAAGAUCAACACGUCUAGGUCUUUCCCCAUGCCACCUGAAGCCAGUCACCUUUUGGGUGGCCAAAAUGCAGAAGAGGACGCGGCCGGCAAGACCACCUCAGCACGCCCACCGCCUGAGACGAGACCCUCUUAUCAGUACCAAGCGCGGCAUGACUGUGAGGAGGAAGAUGAGCUGGUGGGGAGCAACCCUCCGCAGAGGAACUGGAAAGGAAUAGCAAUUGCCCUGCUUGUGAUCCUUGUCAUCUGCUCCUUGAUUGUCACAUCUGUCAUACUACUGACUCCAGUGGAAGAUAAUAGCCUGUCACUCAAGAAGAAGGUAUCGCUGCAAGAUUUGGUCAGUGGAGACUUUGCAAUCCAUGAUACUGAGGCUAAAUGGAUAAAUGGCAAGGAAUUGUUAUUUAGAACACAACAGGGUCAUGUGGUGAAGCUGAAUGUGGAGCGGAAUGAGUCAACGUUAUUGAUAGAGAAGAAGAUGUUCGAUACGUUCAGGGUCAGCAAAUACGAAGUAUCUCCAGAUAUGAAAUAUGUUCUGCUUGCAUUUAAUGUCAAACCGAUUUAUCAGCACUCCUUUACUGCGCAGUAUGCCCUGUGUAACCUCAUCACAAGUAUACGUACUGAUUUAAACCCUCCUGAGGUAGAAGUAGAGAAAGCAUAUCUCCAGUAUGCGGGAUGGGGCCCCAAAGGUCAACAACUGAUAUUUAUAUUCGAAAACAACAUCUUCUAUAAAAUGAACGCAGACAGCCGACCCAUCCGCCUGGUCUCUACUGGGAAAGAAGGAGUAAUUUUUAACGGGCUGAGCGACUGGCUUUAUGAAGAGGAAAUAUUUAAAAGCCACAUUGCUCACUGGUGGGCUCCAGAUGGCGCCAGAUUAGCGUAUGCAACAAUCAACGACACCAAAGUCCCCACCAUGGAAAUUCCAGUAUAUACUGGAUCGGUUUAUCCAACAGUGAGAAACUAUCAUUAUCCAAAGGCUGGUUUCGAGAAUCCAGUGGUCACCUUACAUGUUGUGAAUUUGAAUGGGCCUCUUCACCACGUGGAAAUGAUUCCCCCUGAUGAUCAAAGAAUGAGAGAGUACUAUGUAACCAUGGUUAAAUGGGCAACCAACACUAAGGUGGCAGUGAACUGGUUAAACAGAGCCCAGAACAUCUCCAUCUUGACUCUGUGCGAUGCCAUAACCGGAGUAUGUACAAAGAAACAUGAAGAUGAAAGUGAGGCCUGGUUACAUCGGCAGAAUGAACAGCCUAUCUUCUCCAAAGAUGGCAGAAAGUUCUUCUUUGUGAGAGCUAUUCCACAGCUGGGUCGCGGCAAGUUCCAUCAUAUCGCUGUUUCUUCGUCUCAGGCUAACAACAGCAAUGAUAACCUACAGUCUAUAACAUCGGGAGACUGGGAUGUAACCGAGAUCCUGGCAUAUAAUGAAAAAAAUCAGAAAAUCUACUUCCUCAGCACGGAAGAUGGCCCAACAAGGAGACACUUAUACAGCACGAACACCAACGGGAGCUUCAACAGGCAAUGCAUCUCGUGUCUACUGAUUGAAAACUGUACUUAUGUCAGUGCUUCCUUCAGUCACACUCUGGAGUACUUCUUACUGAAAUGUGAAGGUCCACGGAUUCCUACAGUAACUAUUCAUAACACAACUGACAAUCAAAGUCUGAUUGAAUUAGAAAACAACUCCAAGGUGAAAGCUGUGAUAGAUGACAGACAAAUGCCUUUCUCCGAGUUCGUACACAUUCAGCUGGACGACUACAAAUUGCCAAUGCAGAUUAUCAAGCCAGCGACCUUUCUAAACACGGCGCAUUAUCCUCUUCUACUUAUUGUUGAUGGAAGCCCAGGAAGUCAAAGCGUGUCAGAGAAGUUUCAAAUUGAUUGGACAACUGUGCUGGUCAGUUCCUACAGCACAAUAGUCGUAAAAUUUGAUGGACGUGGAAGUGGAUUUCAAGGCACAAAGCUUUUACAUGAAGUGAGGAAAGGGCUGGGAAGUUUCCAAGAGAGAGAUCAGCUGAUUGCACUGGGUACAAUAUUAAAAGAACAAUACAUAGACAAGACGCGGGUUGGUGUAUUUGGAAAGGCAUAUGGAGGAUACUUGAGCUCCCGUCUGAUCACUUUAACAGCAGAUGACCUUUUCACAUGUGGAGCUUCACUCUCUCCAAUAACGGAUUUUAAACUCUACGCUUCUGCCUUUUCUGAGAGAUACCUGGGGUUACAUACUAUGGAUAAUGGCGCAUAUGAGUUGGCCAAAAUAACCGUUCGUGAGUCCUUAUCGAAUAAAGCUAAAUUUUUGAUUAUCCAUGCCACUGCAGAUGAAAAAAUCCACUUCCAACACACUGCGGAACUUAUAACGAAUUUAGUGAAAGCCAAAGCCAAUUAUUCCUUACUGAUAUACCCAGAUGAGAACCACUAUAUGAAGACCCCAUUGAUGGAACAGCACUUGCACAAGUCCAUUGUGAAUUUCUUUGAAGAAUGCUUCAGAGUUCAAGACAAGCCUCCUGUAGUAGUCAUAGAGGAAGAGGAGGAGGAUUAACUUUUGUUCGUGCCAAGCACAAACCAUUUCUUACAGAACAAUAUGCAACUAAAUAGUUUUCCUUGGAAAAUUACAAAAUGUUAUGUUUAGCAUGUGUUUAACGGAACAGUGCCCUCAAUGGCUAUCCAGACCCCAAAGUUUCCUAUGUGGAAGGACAUGAAGCAUGGUGAACUAAGCCUAACCUGCUGACUGAAAACACUGCUUUUUGUUACUAAUGGGAAUCUGUGGUACUUCAAAACACAACGGGGCAGAAAAGAAAAAACACCAACCAGUGAAGAAGCUAGACCUUCAGCGGAACUCCAAAAGGACUUAGACUAGACAACCUGUUAACGUUCAUGACAUCGGUAGCAUUUGACCCAUUCUUAUUAUCACACUAAAUUUACAUUGCAUUUGAGUCUGAAGAAACUAAUACUAUUAGUUCAAAAGGGAUUAUAGCACAAUUAUUUUAUUAAUACUAAUUUACAGUUUGCUUGCUCACAUGAUGAAAUAAAAAAAAUAGAAAU